GCUUGGAAACGAGGGUACCUUUUGUAUGGUCCACCUGGGACAGGAAAAUCAUCACUGGUUGCUGCAAUUGCGAAUUACAUGAGAUAUGAUGUAUAUGAUCUUCAGUUUCAAAGCGUUAGAAACGAUUCCGAUCUCAGACGCAUACUCACAUCCACCACGAACCGCUCCAUUCUGCUUAUUGAAGACAUAGAUUGUAGCACAAAAGUGUCACAUAAUCGAACCAAGGUCAAGGAAAAAGUGAAGAAGAAGAUGAUGAUGAUGAAGAUAGAGAUGAAACCAAACGUAACACUGUCAGGCUUACUCAACUUCAUUGAUGGAUUGUGGUCGAGCUGUGGGAACGAAAGAAUCAUAAUCUUCACCACAAAUCAUAAAGAAAAGUUAGAUCCGGCGCUGCUACGGCCAGGGCGAAUGGACGUGCAUAUUUACAUGGGAUAUUGUAGUCCAGCAGGAUUCAGAAAACUUGCAGCUUCAUAUCUUGGGAUCAAAGACGACAAACUGUUUGGCCGCAUUGAUGAUCUGAUUAAAAGUGUGGAGGUUACUCCAGCUGAAGUGGCACAACAACUAAUGAUCAGUAAUGAACCAAAAGUUGCACUCGAAAGUCUCAUUGAAUUUCUUAACGCGAAGAAGGAUAUAGAGGAAGCAGCAGAGAAGGAAAAUAGUAUUGAAGAAGAGGAAGUAACAGAAGAAAUGGAGGUUGAAAGACAAAAUUCAAUGCUUGCUGAGUCCGAAACAAGAUGCAUAUAUUUGACUUAGUUUAGCUAUCUGGCAAGUCAUGGAAUAAGAAGUGAUGGGAAGACGACGGUGUCUCAUUGAAAUUUCAUCGGUGAUCAGUAAUUUUUUUUUGUG